UGUCGCUAUUAUUUUCUCGCCUUCGCUAUACGGCAUCUCAUGUGCUACUCUUUCUGAAGCUGGUCUGAAGCGCCGUCAGGGUCAGUAACGUCUUUGGGGAGAUUGAAGCCAACCCGCAAGAAGCUGAGCGCUGCGGCAGACGUCGAAGGAGCGACUCCGCUGCGGCGUCGACAGCACACGCAAUCAAAGCUCCGCCAGUGCUGAACUUGAGCAGCUAACAAAUUCGAAUCACAAAUACCAUUCAACGACGAGGAGCAGACAGAAGAAGACGCACUGCAAGGCUCACUCUGUAGCAAGCACCUUUGUGGUACUCUAGCCUGUCGCCUUUUAUAUUGUAGUAGCGCGCCAAGGUGACGACUGCGCACCAUGAAGAUCACAAAGACACCAAAGAGGCUUGCGCCACCUAUCGUGCAAGUCUCGCAUCUGCUGCAGCGUAUUCAGGCUGCCGCGGACGACGAGCUGCCGGCGAUUCUUGAUCCAAUCAGCGAAUGGUGCUGGCCCAGAGGCGAUCUGCACUACUGGUCUUCGACACUGAAUCGCUUCGAUGACAUCUUUGAAGAAACGUGCAAAGACUAUGAGCUCUUCAAGCUGCAGCUCAACGAAUUCACGCCCAAUCGGAAGCGGUUACUCGUUUCGAUCCUGCGCUUCAGCAGGCUGUUGAUGGAAAACUGCACAAACAGAAAGCUGUACGCAUCGUAUGAGCGUUUGCACGACUUACUUCUGACAAGAGACCUGGACAUUCUGGAGGAGACACUACGUCUGUUGCUGCGUCCAGCUCAGCAGCAUUCAGCCUCUGGCGGAGCUCGCAACAAUGAGCUUGCCAUCGCGCAAGGUCGGUUGUCCACUCUGGCCGUCAUUUGGACUCCUCGGGACUUCGGGAUUUCAAUGCUUCAGCUCAGCAAGGAUGACUUCCCGGUCCCUCCGGAGGCCGACUCGGUUCGCUUUUCGUUUUACAGGCGCAAGGGGGGAAAUGAGGAAGCUGGCCCGUCCAAUGCUGCCAUCUCUGCCGCAGUGUUGAGCACUAGUCGUUCGCAAGCUGCACCCAUGUCUGUCGACCCGAUGGCUAUGUCCCUCGAUCUCGAGGAUCUCCGCGCCAACACAAGCUUCGGGACUCCAUCCAGACUGCCCCGGUCCCAUAGCCGAGUUGGGAGCUCUUCGCAAGGCGCCACCUCCGGCCCGACUGACACUCCGGCACAAGGUUCUGCAUGCACGCAGGGAUCGACACAAGAGGGCAUGGUUACCAUCGAUAUGCGCAACAUCACUGCAAGCGGAAAGUCUUGCAUGGAUGUCGUGGCAGACGCUAUCGAGACGCACAAAAUUCCAGAAACACAACACUUUGAACUCUUUCAGCGCGUCAGGGCUGUCUUUGCGAUGCGCGAUGCAGAAUCACGCCACAAAUUGCUUACCUGCCGGCUGCUCGCUAUCUCCUGCUAUGCACAUACAGUGUCCGAAAGCGUCGCCAACGCGCAUCUGUUCCUCUUUGAACCAGAGGCCAUUCGUGGAAUUGCUGAUUUGAUUUCUCUGGAGAGUACGCCAUCCAUGCGAAUCGCUUCUAGCGCUCUGUACGCGCUCGAUGGUCUGGCCAAGUUCCGCACUAAGACAACAGAUGUGUUCAAUGCAGUCAGCGUGUCGGUCAAUCAUGGAAUGUUGCUGCAGAAUGUGCGCCUCCUCAUCGAGAAGCUCACCGAAGUCCCAUCGGAGCAACCGCAGUCUGGCCCUCAGAAGCAAAUUUGCAAUCAAAAAGGACAUGGGGACUUGGGUCACUAUGCCGAUGCCGUAUUCACCAUGGUCGCCGCAGUCACCACCUUCAGUGGCCCGGCCAUGACGGUUGCGUCUGCUGGAUUGAUGCCGCUGCUGGUCCACAUCAUCCGGGAAUGCAAGUCGAGACGAUACCUAGUGCAAAGGAGCGUUUCACGCGCCAUUGGACUCAUUGACAGUUUGGUUUAUGCACUGCCGACCGCCUUCAACAUCUUCUGCGAGGCGCACGGCCAGGACGUCUAUGUUGCGAGGAUUGAGGAGGAAGUCGAGUUCGACAUUCAGCACCCCGAGUCGGACACAGAGGUACUCGCGACGCCGCGCACGGAUGGCGAGGCCGACUCGCGCGACAACCUCUAUGGCAAACUUUCCUUUGGAGGCGCAUCGCUGUUGCGCAAUCUUUUCAAGUCUAUCGCACACAUGAUGACGUCUGCGGGUACGGCUGAAGGAUUGCGCAACCUGAUCGACACCUCUCUCCUCGAGUCAAUUCGCAAGAUCAUGACGCAUAGACGCACUUUCGGCCCGCAAAUUUUGUCUCUUGCCAUCAACAUUAUGGCCAAUUUUGUCCACAACGAGCCGACAAGCCUGGCGACGAUUCAGGAAAAGAAGCUCCCGGAGAAGUUCUUCGAAGUGGUCGAGGAGGACAUCGAGGCCAACUUUGAGGUUAUCGCAGCUAUUCCGAAUGCGAUCGGCGCAAUCUGCCUGAACCAGACUGGCCUCAAUCUCUUCAAUUCAAAGCCGGUUGUUGAAAAGCUCAUCGAUUUGCUCGUCUCCGAUCGACACGUCGAAGUUCUUGAAGAUCGCGAGAACGCAACCAUGUUUGGCACCGCCAUUGAUGAGCUCGUCCGCCAUCAUCCAAGCGUCAAGGACAAGGUAAUAUCUUCGCUGCUACGCGCUUUGACAAAGAUCAUUGAGCGUGGGUCCGAGUGGUCUGCCGACAAAGACCAGCCACCCAAGAACGGACCUAAGCUUGCUGGCCCGCAAGACACCGCACCGCAAAUAUACGAUCUCGAAAUGGUUCCAGCGUCGGUAGAGUCUCCGGCUGAUUCAUUCCUGAGUCGGCAGCCAAGCGUUACACUGAGUGAUUUGAUAAUGGAUGAGACGGAAACGAACACCAAAAAGGAAGAUCCCGCAACCGUCAAUGCGGCAAUCGCCGCCAUGGAUGCAAUGGCUCGAUUUCUUGAAGGUUUCUUUCAGACGCCGGCACACUGCAAAGAUUUCGUCCGCGCGGAUGGGCUGGACCUCAUCUUCAAGUUCUACGAAUUGCCUUGCCUUCCGUACAACUUCUGCGCGUCGUUCACGGCCGACUCCCUCGUGGCGUUGCUCCGAGCGAUGACGGAGAUGAGCGCACAUACCGUCCUCGGACUACUGACAAAGGAAGUCAGGAAGUCGUUGGCCGCCACGAAGCAUGUCUGGCUCGAGUCUCGCAACAAUGGCUCUGGGAUGAUCCCGUUGCUUUCGCCCAGAACGAAAGAUGAGUUUGUCAACAGCAACCAGUCGUUCCGCCAGCUCGUCACUCUCAACGCCCGCAUCAACUUGCUCUCUGAUUUGUGCCAGCAUUUCACGUAUGCAGGGUCGAGGAUGCCGUCUACCUUUUUGCAGAACCUCAACAGCACCAAUGUCAGUGCACCUACCUCUCUCCUCGAGGAUCUUGGGCAAUUGCUACAGGAUUGCAUGUGGGAAAACUUAAUGCUCAAAGCUUCGACACCUUCCCCAGCAUCCGCAGAGGACAAAGAGAUGGCUGCAGCAAAACCCACAAAAUUUUCAGGUCUUUCUGAGGACAUCAUCGAUGAAGUCCCCGGAGCAAGUCCGAGCAAGAAAAUGGAAGCUGAGAUCGGAUCGAAGGGUGCCAAAAGCCAUCAACUGGAGAAACUGCCGGAGGCAUUGAAGCAGAACACCACUGUGCUGCGGUACCUUGCCUCGCAAAUUCCAGCCUGUUUAAACUUUCUCUUUCACGAGCUCGUACGUCUGCUCUUCUACCGCCGCAACCCCGACGAGUUCCACAAGGCUCAAGCCGCGACAGCAGCAACGACAGUUGCGAAAGCCUUGUCUCAGAGCCUGGUCUGGCGCGACUCGAAGAACCCGUGCAACGACUUCGCCUUUGCGACACUCAUGAUUGACUAUGUCGACGGUCUAAUCUAUGAUUUCAAGUCUAGCGCUCAUGGCGGAGUGCAUAUCCUAGUGCUUUCCGCACUCGAAGGUGCUGGCGGAGUGGACAGGCUUUUGGAAAUGUUCUUACGCUAUGCUCAAGAGGUCGAUCUGCAUUUCGAAGGCGAGCGCAAGAUCGCAGAGUCCGAAGAGGAUGUUAUUCGGCUAGGCCAUGCGUGCGGGGGUCUGAGGGUCUGCCUACACUUAAUGCAAAAUCUGGUUGCCUCUAAGCCCUUGCUUGACUCUCCGCAACUCGUCAUCAUUCAGCAAGGCGGCGUUGACUCUUUCAAUCCGUCUAAGUUCAUCGUGACGGUUCGUGCACGCUUUCUGCGCGCGAUCAAGUCUGUCUGGGACAAGGAUUGGCUCUUCUCUCUUCCUCUGCUCAUCAAUCGCUGGCUGGUCAAGAUUGUGCUAGUCAUCGUUCGUGGUGAGGGCGAGGAAGAGGAGCAGACUGAAAAACCUUCGUCUUCAAGCCGACUGAGCGUGGCUGGGCUCAGCGGUGGCCUAUCAGUUGCCUUGGCUGGCUUGACUGGUGCGCGUAGCCCCCUGGCAUCGUCAUUAACAGGAAUUACUACUCCUCACACGCCGAUUGUCGCAGAUGAGACUCGAGUCAGUCAGUUGUCGGAGAUGGGCUUCCCGACAGCCUCUGCGCGACGAGCUCUACAGAGGACACAUAACAGCUCCAGUGCUGCUCUCGAAUACCUGCUCACACAUCCCGCCUUGGUGGACAAUCCUCCCGAGGAGCCCGAACUGACAGCACCAAGUGCGACAGCCGCCGCCAUCGAAUCCGCAACUACGGGUCUUGCGGAGGCCAGUACAGGUGUACCGCCACCAUCUUCUGAAACACAAUCUGCAGGGACACAUGAUGCCGGCGCUGCCGACGUUUCACUGCCAACGCAAACCCCAGAAUCGAGCGUAAAUGCCUCUUCUGGAAUGGAAGGCAUGGACGUUGAUCGGCCAGCUUCAGCCACCGAAAAGGGAAAAGAGAAGGUUCAUGAUGAUGGGGUGAUCAAUUUCAAGGAAGACCUCGAUGCACUCAGGGCUCAGAUGAAGGAGCAUGUCUGCCAGCGCAUUCUUACCCUCGCAGAUCAUCACGAAGCUCUCGUGUUUGAUGCUAAGGAGGCGUUCGCCGUCGUUGGGAACAGCGUCACCAUACUGGACGAGCUUGUGGAAACCUUACCCAAGUACUUUGCCGAGAGGUCCACAUCUGAUGACAGAGUGAUCAAGGUCCGCUUGCACCUCCUUGCACUCAUCUUGAAUGACGCCGAACUCGCCAAACAGGUCGACGAAGCCAGAGCAACCCGGCUCAUGAGGGCUGUGUCGGCUGUGGAAAGGCUAGACGAGGCUUCGGGUGCUUCCUACUCGCUGUUGGUGGCGGCAUUUCUCUUCACGCUCGCAGAGCGUCUCAAGGAGGUCCCGCUUCUGGAGGAGUCCGCCUGGGAAAAGGGAGAGGUAGCUGUGAAGCGCGGGCUAACUGGCGGGCUGUUCAAGGAGGAGGCGAAGACCCAUCUCGGCAAAGUCAUCGCAUUCCUUCGAGACAAUGCCGCCACAGCCGAUAACGAGACUCUUCUUGCGGUCUACCGCCUUCUGGUCGUCAUUACCCGCAGGAGCGACAUUGCCUUGGCAAUGGUUCAGGCGGAUGGUAUCGCUGCCUUGCUGGCGCCCAUCAGGGAAGGCCCGAUCGAGCGCACUUCCGGAUGCCAGUCAUAUAUCAUUAUGAUAUUGCGGCACAUUAUCGAGGACAACGCGGUUCUGAAAGCUGUGAUGCAGCAAAAUUUGCGCUGCACGGUCGAGCAAGCACGGACCAAGUCGAUCAACUCCUCUUCACUCUUAUCCUAUAACAAUUCUUCGGCUUGGCGGGACGCUGAUGUGUUUAUCAAGGUGGUGGAAGAGUCUCUCACAAUGGACGACUAUUCCAAGACCCAGCAAUCGGGUCUGUUGUCGCUGAAGGUCAACACAACUUCUGAGGACGACAUUUCCAACUUGCCGGACGAACGGGGAAAUGUCAAUGGCAAGCCAGAAGUGCCAAAUGGCGAUGUGCAGAAGCCGACGCCUGCUCAGGCGACAGAACAAUCGGAUCUGGUCAUUACGCACCUCAUGGCAGAACUGAUGUCAGCGCCGUUACUUGUAGCCCAUUCCACCAAGAGCGAGGUACCCGCAGCAUCAGUGUCGAUUGUCACGAAGGAUCAAGAUCAAGAGGCGUCUAAAAUAGCCCAAGAAGAAAUUGGAAAAUCGGAAGAGGAAAAGAAGUCGGAUGUUCGCCAUUUCUACUAUUGCUUCAUCAUGCAGCUUCUUGCCGAACUUCUCUCUUCGUACGACAGCUGUAAACUCAGUUUUCUCAGCUAUAACAAGAAGCGGCCAGCCAUAUCUGGGGCUCCCCCACCCAAAGCACGUUCUGGCGCCCUCAACUACUUCUACAACGAACUUGUGUUCAUGAGUGGUAAGACAUCUCAAGCGCCUGCCUCGGAGUUCCGCCAAGGAAAGGCAAUCUCCAACCUCUCAAUGUCGGUCAUUGUUGCACUCACAGCCGACACCGCCAGCAACAUUGCUCUCAAGGACGUCAAUCCUGAGCUCAUCACGGUGCGCAAGCUUGUCCUCGACGGUCUCAGCAAGGCCUUGCGCGAGGUCCCAUUGGUUGCAGAGUCACCCGAAUCGAAUUAUGGAAAGAUUUCGAUGCUCUCCGAUCUUUGCUAUCGAUUGCUCACUGCCAAGCCCAACAGCACAGGCACAGCUCGACAGAAUGAGGAUCUCAGUCUUCACAUGGCGAAACUGAUGUUGGAAAAGAAUUUCGUGGCAGCAUUGACCGCCGCCUUGGCAGACAUCGAUCUGAAUCUGCCAAUCGCCAAGCCAGUGCUGGAGAGUGUGCUCAAACCAUUGGAGCAUCUUGCGAAAGUGUCCAUCCGCAUGGGAAAACCCGAGAAGAAAGGCGCUGCCACCUCUCAAAGUGCUCACCGUGACCGCCCGUUCUUCAUGUUCCCUCGCGAAGGAAGAGACGAAGAGGAUGAAGACAUGAGUCCAGAAUUCGAUGAGGACUCGGAGGGCGCAUUGGAUGAAGAGGAGCGUAUGCGAGACGAGACGCCAGACUUCUACCGCAACAGUAGUCUGGGCAUGCAUACUGGCGAUCUCGAGGCUGGCGCGUACGAUGAAGAGAUGAGCGAAGAUGAGAUGGAUGAGGACGAGGAGGACGUUGACAUGGAGGAGUACGACAGUGAUGAGACUGGCAGCGAUCUGAGCAGCAGCGACGAGGAGGAGGAUGAAGAUGAUAUCGAGGUCAUCGAUAUGGACGACGACGAUGACGAAGAGGACAUUGAUGAUGAGGGGUUGGAUGAUCUAGAUGAGGACGACGAGGAUGCGUGGACUGACGAUGAGGAAGCAAGCGAGGGCGAUGAGGACGCUGAAGAGCUUGACUUUGUGCUGGAGGUCGGAGAAGAAAUGGAAGGACUGCCGCGACCCUCAUUCCUGGCUGACGGGGUCGAUGAUGCUCAACCAGCGGAAGCAUUCUCAAGCAACAUCUUCGGCAGCGAGCCUGAAGAGGACAUCGAUGACGACGGCGAUGACUCUGUCGAUGACCAGUACGACAACGGUGAUUUUGCCGAGCUUGAGCUCGAUGAACGCUACCCGGCAACACUCGCGCCCUCUAGUUCAGAUCGCUUCGGUGCCAACUGGGCAUGGGCGUCCAAUCAGACCACAGCGCGAGGGACAGGCGGUAUUCCUUACAUGUUUGUGGGCCGCUCUGCUGGCAAUUCUUCAAGCGCCGACCAUUGGCCUUCAACCAGCCGCCUUCUUGAAGGCUCCUCCCGCACUGGUCGGGGCAGCAGAAAUGACGAUGUUGCAUCGCAUCCGCUGUUGGAAGACCGCGCCCCUGAUUCUGCACAUCAAUCAUCGCCUGGUCAGCGUCUUCCAAGGCGUCGCCUGGCCGGUGGUGCGGCGCUCGGUGGUGGGCAGUCCCGGUUCAUGAAUGCGUUGGAAGCGGCGGUCGGGGGUGGAGCGAUGCAAUUCCUCGAAGCGGUGCUUUCACGAGCUCAGCAGUCCUUGGAACACGAGGGGAUAGGCGAAGAACUUCGUGUCUCGAUCACUACACCCGGCGAUAGUGGCGCUCCCCGCAUCCAUGUAGACGGGCUGACUGUCGCUGGAAAUGCUGCGAGCGGCCAGCGCUCGAACAGACCUGGCACGCGCACCGAACCCCAGGCGAGAGACCCCAUUUCUGCACUUCAGGAAUUCGUUCCGAUGAGCACGGCAGCAAGGUGGCAGCAAGAGGCAUCCAUCAUCUAUGGACUUGCUGUAGAGAAGCUGGAACGUCCCAAUGUGCUCAAGAAUGAGAUCCACAAUCUGUUCUUGCCUGCUUAUUGGCGCAGGAAGCGGGAGCAACAGGCAAGAGAUGCUGAGGCCAAGGCUGAAAAGGAGCGCCAAGAGAAAGAAAAGAAAGAGAAACAAGAACAACAGGAGAAAGACAAAGAAAAGCAGAAAUUGAAGCAGGAAGAAGACAAAGCGAGUCGGGUAGGGGAAGGAGAAGAACAAUCUGCAUCCGCGUCAACGACGGAAAUUACCCUUCAAAGUGGCCAAGAUGUCGAGAUGGAGGACGAGUCGCAGCCGAACCUGGAGCUCGGAUCACUGGAGCAAGGCUUGGCAGAGCUCAGCAACACUGAUGCCGGGCGGGACACCAUUGACGGUGCAGAUGCGGACGUGUCAACCGGAGGGAGUGGACAUGCCACUGAACAUCCAUCGCAGCCACCUGUCCAGGCCGUAAAUCUUGCUGGUCCGACCUCUUCUACCACACAACGGAUCACAGUCAUGAUCCAUGGGCGCGAGGUCGAUAUUACCGAUUCUGGCAUCGAUGUCGAAUUCCUGGAGGCCCUUCCCGACGACAUGAGGGAGGAGAUUGUCGAGCAGCACUUGCGCGAGCGACAGGCUGCUAGCCUUACCUCCGGGCAGAACACCAGCAUUGCACCCGAGUUCCUAGAAGCGCUUCCACCAGACAUCCGCGCUGAAGUCAUCCAGCAGGAACUGAUCAGCAAUAGGGUUCGCGCCGCUCGCAACGCAUCGAGACCUUCUGGAGAAGCUGAUGCCGGGGCCGAAGAGGAUGACGAAGGCCAAAAUGAGCCCGGGGACGAUGAUCAUGGUGGGCCCAACGCUUCGCAUGCAAGUAGACCUGCGGCUCCUGUUCGAUCCGGCACGCCACCCGCAGCAGACGAAGUCAAAAAGCCGCCUCCAAGAGACGCAAUUCAGCUGCUGGACAAAGCCGGCCUUGCUACGCUCGUUCGUCUUCUUUUCUUCCCGCAACUGGACGCGCGUUCUUCCGGUCUCCACAGAGUCCUCACGCACCUUACAGAGAAUGCAAGAACGAGAUCAGAAUUACUCAACCUUCUCUUGAUGAUUCUUUGGGACGGUGCCAGUGACACGGCUGCCGUCGACAAGUCUUAUGCUGCGAUGAGCGCCAAAAUCACCAAGGCCUUCGCCACUCCCAUCAAGACGACUGGGAAGAAGGGUUUGACGACCCCGGGCUCUCUUCCUCCCCACUUGCAAACACCAACAGUGGCUCCCAUCUCCGGGACGGGAGACGAAGCUCCGUAUUUGAUCGCGCUGCGCUGCGUGGAGUGUCUACUGGGUCUUGCUGGGGCGAAUGAACAAGUAUCUGAAUAUUUUCUCAAGGAAGACGCGCGCCCAUCGAAAAAGGGCAAGGGCAAGGACAAGGACAGGCUGGGUGAGAAGUUCGGCAACGCGCCUAUCGGCACCCUGUUAGCUCUCCUGGAGCGGCCUGUCAUUCUUCAACACGCCUCGCUGCUCGACAGCCUCAUUGCUUUGUUGAACACGGUCUCGAAGCCACUAGCCAACCAACCCAAGCAAUCGGAAGAGCCCGCUGGCUCCGACAAGAAAGAAGCUCCUGACGCUGCACCAGAGGUACACGAGAGCGGGACAGGUCAGAUGGAUGCUGCACAUGCGUCCAACAACAAUGGGGCAGAGCCAGAGGCUGGUCCAUCAACCAACAAAGCUGCAGACGCAUCCGAUAACGGACAAAAAGAGCAGAAAGGAUUGUUUCUCACCGCCCAACGCCUCAACCCUCAUCUGCCGGCGGAUCGUCUUUCAGCUGUGGUCAAGCCUUUGGGUACCGCCAUUUCCUCGCGCGGUUUUCAGAACACUCUGUCGGUCGCAUCGAACCUGGCACAUAUCGAUGGCGCGCGCGAGGUGAUCAGCGAUUCGUUCAAGCGGUCCGCAGAAGCAGCGUCGCAUUCGCUCAUGGCUGAUCUCGAUGCCUUGCUGCAAGCCCUUCCGCCCAGGCCGGCAGCUUUACCUGCCACGAGUUCGCUCGAGAAUGAAGAUGCACCCAUGCACAGCGUGGAUGGCACAUUAUCGCUUACUGCCCCAGCACCGCAAGGCUCUGGCACAGCGACGUCCACCCCUAUGAAUGGCGUCGCUGGCAGCGGCGAAGUGCGUUCGUUGCAGGACAUCUCCGCAGGCAAGGCUCAAAGCCCUGCACUUGCUUCGCUUGCUUCUCCCUCGAGCGCGCAGGCUGUCUUCCUGCGCUCGCUCCGCGCGUUGGACUACUUGCUCACUGGCAAGUGAGAACCGCAAGCUCUCGGACGGACUCAAUUAAUCACUGGAGGCAAACCUCCAGCCAGGCAAGCAGAAGUGUAAUUCUAAAUAGAAAUUUCGUUAGGUAUGUAUGGAAUCUAAGGGACGAACAAUGCGCGGUCCAGACGAUGGAAAUUGUCCCUCUUCCCUGGCAUGGCCAGCUCUCCUUUGAAUGGAAAGAAAGCUGGGAAUUGUGCCAAGUCGAGAGUGGAGAGUAUGCUCUAGGUCCCCGCGAGCGCCUGCUUUCACCAUCGCAACCCCCAACAAGCGGAGACACGGCGAGCAAGUGACUCUAUUAGCGGAGACCGGGGUUAUUUUAGACAUUGGUUUCUUCUGGCAACCCGCGCGCCGCUGCGCAGCUCAGUAUGCAU